ACUACGCUUGCGCCGGAGCCGGUGCUUCAUCCGCUGCUACCUGUGGAGAGGCUCGGCUAGUGGUCUGCGCUAUGGCCACGUCAGGUGUUUUCCCUUCUCUGUCAGUCGCCGCAAUUGUCUGCGGCAGUGCGAACGGCUGGAAAAGGAAAUAAGUGCCUCUAUAGCAAAAUCAGCAUUUCGCAGCGAUGGAGCUUGCUCAUAGUUUGUUAUUAAAUGAAGAGGCUUUGGCUCAAAUCACAGAAGCAAAGAGACCAGUUUUCAUUUUUGAAUGGCUACGCUUUCUUGACAAAGUGCUUGUAGCUGCUAACAAGACAGAUGUAAAAGAAAAACAAAAAAAGCUUGUUGAACAACUAACUGGUCUUAUUAGCAGUUCCCCUGGGCCACCUACCCGGAAAUUACUUGCUAAAAAUCUUGCUGCUCUAUAUAGCAUUGGUGAUACCUUUACUGUCUUUCAAACACUCGAUAAGUGUAAUGACAUUAUCAAGAAUAAAGAUGAUACUUCUACCUACUUACCAACCAAACUCACUGCAGUGGCUUGUGUUGGAGCAUUUUAUGAAAAAAUGGGGAGAAUGCUUGGCAGUUCUUUUCCAGAAACCGUUAACAAUCUCUUAAAGUCUCUGAAAAGUGCUGAGUCACAGGGCCGGAGUGAAAUAUUAAUGAGUUUACAGAAAGUCCUAAGUGGGCUCGGUGGUGCUGCAGCUUCCUCUCACCGUGAUAUUUAUAAGAAUGCUCGAUCUCUUCUGACAGACAGAUCUAUGGCUGUGCGAUGUGCAGUAGCAAAGUGCCUGCUGGAACUACAAAAUGAAGCUGUGUUUAUGUGGACAGCGGAAUUAGAAAAUGUAGCAACUCUUUGUUUUAAGGCCCUGGAAACCUCAAACUAUGGUGUACGAGUUUCAGUAUCUAAACUUCUGGGAACAGUUAUGGCUACCGCAAUUAUGCCAAAACAAGCAGCAGUGAUGCGUCAGAAUGUGAAGCGGGCGACACUAGAAGAAGUCUUAGAACUCAUGGCCACUGGUUUUCUGCGAGGAGGAUCUGGAUUCUUAAAAAGUGGUGGUGAGAUGUUAAAAGUAGGAGGAUCUGUCAAUCGAGAAGUGAGAGUUGGAGUCACUCAGGCCUAUGUUGUCUUUGUCACAAUACUAGGUGGUCAGUGGCUAGAGCGCAAUUUUGCUACAUUCUUGUCACAUGUACUGGAUCUGGUUUCUCAUCCUCGUGCAACUCAGACUCACGUAGAAGCCGUAUACUCCCGAAGAUGUGUGUCUUUUAUCCUCAGAGCAACUGUAGGCAGUUUAUUGGGAGAGAAGGCACAGAUAGCUGCUGCCAAAGAUAUCUGCCAGGCUAUUGGUAAACAGAUGAAGGUAGUAGAAGCAGUUGUGAAUGACACUAAUAUUGAAAAUAAAUCUGGAGCAGCAGAUGUCGCUGCAAGCCAGCACGUGAUGGUUUGUGCCCUUCAAGAGCUUGGGAGCCUAGUUCAGAGCCUGAAUGCCACUGCAUCACCUCUUAUACAGGAACCUUCUAUAGGGCUGCUAGAGACUGUUACUUCAGUUCUUCUUCAUCCAAGUAUGGCUGCCCGCCUUGCUGCAGCAUGGUGCUUGCGCUGUGUAGCUGUGGCCUUACCUUUCCAGUUGACUCCUUUCUUGGAUAGAUGUGCAGAAAGGCUCAAUAAUCUGAAGACCUCGCCAGAAGCUGUUAGUGGUUAUAGUUUUGCAAUGGCUGCUUUGCUAGGUGGAGUACAUCAAUGCCCUCUAGGUAUCCCUCAUGCAAAAGGAAAGAUGGUCGUUAGUAUUGCUGAGGAUCUCUUACGAACCGCUGCACAAAACAGCAGACUGUCCUUACAGAGAACCCAGGCUGGGUGGCUUUUGCUUGGUGCUCUAAUGACUUUAGGUCCAUCAGUUGUUCGUUACCAUCUUCCUAAAAUGUUGCUUCUAUGGCGAAAUGUGUUCCCCCGCUCUCUGAAAGAGUUGGAAGCAGAAAAAGCUCGUGGAGAUUCCUUUACAUGGCAAGUAACUCUGGAAGGACGUGCAGGAGCUCUCUGUGCUAUGAGGAGUUUUGUUGCUCACUGUCCUGAGCUCCUAACAGAAGAUGUCAUUCGAAAAUUGAUGACUCCAAUAGAAUGUGCUAUGACAAUGAUGUCUCACAUCCCUUCUGUAAUUAAGGCUCAUGGAGCUCAUCUGAAGGCUAGUGCAGCAAUGGUCCGACUGAGGCUUUAUGACAUUUUGGCUUUGUUGCCACCAAAAACCUAUGAAGGAUCAUUUAAUGCACUUCUUCGGGAGCUGGUAGCAGAAUUUACUUUGACAGACAAUUCUGCUAAUACUACGACAUCACUCCUUAGAUCACUUUGCCAUUAUGACGACAGUGUUCUUCUUGGCUCUUGGUUACAGGAAACAGAUCAUAAAUCAAUUGAGGAUCAGCUCCAGCCAAACAGUGCCUCUGGAAGUGGCGCUCUAGAACAUGACCCCUCUUCCAUUUACUUGCGCAUCCCUGCUGGUGAAGCUGUGCCUGGUCCUCUUCCUUUGGGAGUAUCAGUCAUUGAUGCCUCAGUGGCUCUCUUUGGAGUGGUUUUCCCUCAUGUUUCCUACAAACACAGGCUACAGAUGUUGGAUCAUUUUGCAGAAUGCAUCAAGCAGGCAAAAGGUGUCCGUCAGCAAGCUGUGCAGCUUAAUAUCUUCACUGCUGUUCUCAGUGCAUUAAAGGGCUUAGCUGAGAAUAAAAGUACCUUAGGGCCAGAAGAAGUUCGCAAAUCUGCUUUGACAUUAGUUAUGGGAGCCCUUGACAACCCUAAUCCCAUUCUGAGGUGCGCUGCAGGGGAAGCUCUUGGCAGAAUGGCACAGGUGGUUGGAGAAGCAACUUUCAUUGCCAGAAUGGCUCAGUACAGCUUUGACAAGUUGAAAUCUGCUAGAGAUGUUGUAUCAAGAACAGGUCAUUCCUUGGCUCUUGGUUGUCUCCAUCGUUAUGUUGGAGGAAUAGGUUCUGGACAGCACUUGAAAACCAGUGUCAGCAUUCUAUUGGCAUUGGCACAAGAUGGAACCUCACCUGAAGUGCAGACAUGGUCCCUCCAUUCACUUGCUUUAAUAGUGGACUCCAGUGGACCAAUGUACCGUGGCUAUGUGGAACCCACUCUCUCUUUGGUUCUUACCUUACUUCUGACAGUGCCUCCCUCACACACAGAAGUACAUCAAUGUUUGGGCCGAUGUCUUGGAGCCAUAAUAACAACUGUUGGUCCUGAGUUGCAAGGCAAUGGAGCCACCAUUUCCACCAUUCGCUCCUCAUGUCUGGUGGGAUGUGCAAUUACACAAGAUCAUUCCGACUCUCUUGUUCAGGCAGCUGCCAUUUCCUGCCUUCAACAGCUUCACAUGUUUGCACCACGCCAUGUUAAUCUCUCCAGUCUCGUUCCCAGUCUUUGUGUUCACUUAUGCAGUUCUCACCUGCUACUUCGACGGGCUGCAGUAGCAUGUCUGCGGCAACUUGCUCAGAGAGAAGCGGCGGAAGUAUGUGAAUAUGCCAUGAGUUUAGCAAAAAAUGCCGGAGAUAAAGAAAAUAAUGGCAUGAAUAUUAAUCCUUUUGCUCCAGGACUUGGCUCCCGGAGGGAUACUCAUGGCCGCCAUCAAGGCAUUAACAUUACAGAGACUGGACUUGAGGGAGUCCUUUUUGGAAUGCUAGAUCGGGAGACUGAUAGAAAGUUGUGUUCUGAUAUUCAUGAUACCUUGGGACAUAUGCUUUCAUCUCUGGCAGUGGAAAAACUUUCUCACUGGUUAAUGUUGUGUAAAGAUGUCCUUGCAGCAUCCAGUGACAUGAGCACUACAGCUCCCUUAGGAGGCGAAAAGGAUGAAGAAUCAGAGAAGAAAGAUGAAAUGGAUGAUGAUAUCAUGUUUACGACACUGGGUGAAGAAGAUAAAUCAAAGCCUUCUGUAGCUCCUCGGUGGGCUACACGAGUAUUUGCUGCUGAUUGCCUGUGUCGGAUCAUCAUGCUUUGUGAAAAUGCAAACAAAGCCCACUUUGACAUAGCUCUGGCCCGUUCUGCCAAGCUUAGAAAUCCUACAAAUGACCUUCUAGUGCUUCACCUUUCUGAUCUUAUCCGCAUGGCAUUUAUGGCUGCAACUGACCACAGCAACCAACUUCGAAUGGCAGGUCUCCAAGCAUUAGAAGACAUUAUAAAGAAAUUUGCUGCAGUUCCAGAACCAGAGUUUCCAGGCCAUGUAAUUCUAGAGCAAUAUCAAGCUAAUGUUGGAGCUGCUUUGAGACCAGCUUUCUCUCAGGAUACUCCUUCAGACAUAACAGCAAAAGCUUGCCAGGUAUGUAGCACAUGGAUUGGAAGCGGAGUGGUAAGCGACCUAAAUGAUCUUCGGCGUGUUCAUAACCUCCUUGUCUCUUCCCUGGACAAAGUGCAAACAGGAAAAGGGUCCUCUAGCCAGCUUUACAGGGAGAGUGCUACUACUAUGGAAAAACUGGCAGUACUCAAAGCCUGGGCUGAGGUAUAUGUUGUAGCUAUGAAGAUUAAAAAAGAAGCGGAGACUAAACCAAAGAAAUCGCUAAAGAAUGGAGGAGAUUAUGAUGAAGAUGAUUAUAGUACAGUAGAUGAGUUGCCACCAGAUAGUUUAAUAACUCUCGUGCAACCAGAGCUUCCCACUCUUAGCCGUCUCUGGUUAGCUGCACUUAAAGAUUAUGCUCUUCUGACUUUACCAGCUGAAUUUGCGAGUCAGCUUCCUCCAGAUGGUGGAGCAUUUUACACUCCAGAGACCAUUGAUACAGCUAGACUUCAUUAUCGGAAUUCAUGGGCUCCAAUUCUACAUGCAGUUGCACUGUGGCUAAACAGUACAGGAUUUAGUGCUUCUGAAUCAACAGAAGAUGCAUCAACAGCAACACCAAAUCCACAGAAACGUGCUACAUCCAUUAUGUUAAACCCAGCACCUGGGACCCCACCUACCACCAAAUCUUUGCAGGAGAUUAACAAAGAUAGAAUGCAUUUGAUUUUGGGUGUUAGUAUACAGUUCCUCUGUUCCCCUCGAACGGAAGAACCUGUUGAACAUGUUACAUCCUGUUUACAAGCACUGCAUACUUUGUUGGAUUCCCUUUGUGCUAGAACCCAUAUUGCGGAGGAUCAGCUCCUUGGUGUUGAGCUCCUGAGCGUGCUGCAUCGACUCAUGUUGACCUGUGAUCCUCCUUCCGUCCAACUGCUAGUUACUGGAGUUGUGCAGCAGAUUGUAAGAGCUGCUCAAGAUCAUUUGCAAGAAAAAAGAAACACUCUGAAUGAAGAAGAAGUAAAAGAUAAAGACACAAGCACUAUGUUGGGCGAAGGUGGAGAAAGUGGGGGUCUUGUGCCAGGAAAAUCUCUUGUAUUUGCUGCAAUGGAGCUACUAAUGUUUAUCCUAGUACGACACAUGCCACAUCUGAGCACCAAAAUGUCAGACUCACCCAGUCAUAUCUGCAGCAGAACCCAGCUCCCAGAAGAAAGUGCUCGUCUUGUGGCUGCCACUGUUGCCAUUCUGUCUGACCUGCCCACACUCUGUUCCCCAGCUGGAUGCAUGACAAUAUUGCCCACCGUUCUAUUUCUAAUAACACAAGUAUUGAAAGAAACUGCAGUAAAAACAGUGGGAAACCAUCAGGUUCCACCACCAGUCACUGCAGCACUUCAAGGACUGAAAACUAUUGUAACUCUUUCAAUGGCCAUGAAUGAAGAGAUUCACAAACAGUGGACAAAUCUUAUCCGCAGCACCCUUGCUUCCAUCUUAGAAUACUCUCAGCCAGAGGCCUCAAAGCCUGUUUUGGAUGAAGUAAGCAUGCUUACAGCUAUUGCACUCUUCCUUUGGUCUGGAAGCACAGAAAUAAUUGGAGUGCAAUCAUUACAGAACGGCUGCAUGAACAGAUUCAAAACUGCACUGAACUCAUCUGAUCCUUGGGUUCAAGCCAAGUGUUAUCAGCUUCUACUCUCUGUAUUUCAACACACCAAUCGUGCUCUUUCAACCCCAUAUAUCCAUUCACUGGCACCAAUAAUGGUUGAGAAACUAAAAGGUGUAGAGAAGAAUCGCCCUAACAACAAGACAGAACUUUUAGCAGUCCAGGAAGGAAUUAGAGUUCUUGAAACACUGGUUGCUCUUGGUGAGGAGCAAAAUAGAGUCCAGUUGCUUGCUCUUCUUGUACCUACUCUCAUAUCUUAUUUGCUGAAUGAAAGUGCUUUCUCUUCUGCAUCCAUGGUAUCAAAAGAACUUCAUGAGUUUGCCCUCCAAGACUUAACUCGCAUUGGACCCCUCUAUCCUCAUGCCUUCAAGACAGUAAUGGGAGCAGCUCCUGAACUAAAAGCACGACUGGAAACUGCAGUGCGAGCAAGUCAAGCAAGCAAAGCAAAGGCAGCUGCCAGGCAACCACCACCCACAGUACAUUCCACUCCAACUAUUAAACUCAAAACUAGCUUUUUCUGAUUUAUUCUUGUUGAAACCAAUCAUAAAACUGAUACCAAGCAAUACACCAUUCCUUUUGUGCUGCUGUAGAGUGCACUGUGUAUUUUGCAUUGUCAAAAGCUGUCCACUAGAGAUUUAUGUUCCUAGUUGUGUGUGUGAUGACUAGAACUCUGUGCAUUAUAAAGGAUGUCAUGUUACCUGUAUGUACAUAGAUUUUUAUGAAAUGGAAUAUGUUUGAUCAUGCAUCCAAACCUGUGUUAAACUAUCUCCUAUAACAAAGUGUUUUAUGCGGUACUUGAUUGUCUUUAUUUUUAGAAUGCUAUAAAUGCUCAUUCUCAGUA